UUCAACCGGAUGACACGGUUGACUAUUUUUGCUUUAGCGUGAAAUUUACUCGCUCGCUCAACAUUGUUAGGUUAGGCGCGGAGCGCCUCAAUCAAACAGACAUAGUUUACAUGUGUUUAUACAUAGUGUGUGACCGUAUGGUGUCAAGCAAUCAUGCCCAUAAGUCCAAAUUUUAGGAAAUGGAUUACAGGAAUCGGUGCAAUAAGUGGUGCCGUAUUUUUUUAUCCGAACGAUAACGAUAAUAAUGAGGUGCCAGAAAAAGAAACUCCUUGGAUACCAACCGCUACACCUUGGACCAAAUGGAAUCAUAAUUGGGAUAGACGAGAUCCAAAAUGUUUAAUAAAUCCAAAGAAACUAGAUAGCUUAAACGAUGAAAACAAGUAUAGCAAAGAAAUAGUAAAAAAGACGGCACAUGCAAUACGUCAUAUCAUUUUGGUUCGUCAUGGGCAAUAUAAUACAAAAGCAAAAACACAGGCUGAAGGAACACUUACGGAUCUUGGUAAACAACAAGCUGAGAUAACAGGAAAGAGAUUGGAUGAAUUGGGUUUUCCGUAUACAGUACUAGUACAUUCAACAAUGAUUAGGGCACAACAGACUGCUGAAAUUAUAAUGAAAAGUCUGAAAAAUGUAGAAGUAAAAAAUGAUUCACUUCUUAAUGAGGGUGCACCGAUUCCACCUGAACCAUUAAUUAAUUGGAGGCCUGAACUAAAUUUUUAUACAGAUGGACCCAGGAUAGAAGCUGCAUUUAGGAAAUAUUUUCAUCGUGCUGAUCCUAGCCAAGAGAAAGAUUCUUAUACAAUUCUUGUUUGCCAUGCAAAUGUUAUUAGAUAUUUUGUAUGCCGAGCUCUACAAUUUCCACCACAAAGUUGGUUACGUCUAAGUUUAGGUCAUGCAAGUAUCACAUGGGUCACCAUUUACCCUGAUGGAAUUGUAACACUAUGGAUUUUUGGUGAUACUGCUCAUAUGAAGCCACAAUUCAUUUCAUAACUAAAAUCAAAUGUAUCAUGAAAUAUUUACAGUAUUUUUACCUCCUGUUAUUUUCAAUUUAUAAAUGAUAUAAAAACAA